UACUGUGGCCAGACGAUGAAGACAAGGGAAUAUAAGUAAUUAUUCACAAAUUUGGAGAUCAGUGGGUCAAAUUUGGAGGAAUGAUGCAGAAGUGGGUCUAAAUAUUACACUGGAAUGAAGAAAUUGAAAAGAGAUUAGGACAGCUGCUUUUCUUCGUGGUAACCUUAAGGUAAUCAGCAAUUUGUCUCCUUUAUUAAGAAUGCUAAAUAGCAGGAUGAAAGGAAUUGUGGUGAACAAUGACUACCAUGUUCAAGAAGGAACUGCAGAUGCUGGAAAAUCAAAGGUAGACAAAAAUGCUGGAGAAACUGAGCGGGUUUGUUUGAAGAAAGGUCUCGAUGCUGCCUCACUUGCUGCGUUUCAUCUGCAGUUCUUUGUUUCUUCAUCCCGUACCAUGCCCUGCUAUAUUGUUUUUUUUCUUCUUGAACAUAAAAUAAAUGUUAGAUCAAAUACCCAGUUUUAACUUAAAUCUCACUCCAGUCCUUGGUGUUUUGUAAACCAACAACUGCAGUUCCUUGUAUCUAAAUCUAGUUCCACUUGUUAACUGGAACGAAGGCAAGAGAAUGUGGUUGAGAGGGAAAGAUAGCUCAGCCAUAAUGGCAGAGUAGACUUGAGGGGCUAAAUGGCCUUAUUCUGCUCCGAGAACUUAUGAACAUAUUGUAUUUCCGCUCACUGGCUAGCACGUAACAAAAGAUUUCCACCGUACUUCAGUACACAUGACAAUAAACUAAACUUAAUUGAUGAACCAGUCAAUGUGUAAUAAAGGUGCCUCAUAAAGUACAGCAUAACAAAAUGAUAUCCAUUCAAUGUGUCAACAAAAAUAUACUGAAAAAAACACUUCCCUCUCCACUGAUGCGGAGUGUUUCCAAUUUUCUGGGUUUAUUUUAGAUUUCUCGCAUUCAACAUUGAAUCGAGGUGGUACACAGAAAUGCUGGAGAAACUCAGCGGGUGCAGCAGCAUCUAUGGAGCGAAAGAAAUAGGCAACGUUUCGGGCCGAAACCCUUCCAGGUGGACAUCCUACUUGCACCACGUGGACAGCGUGACGUGGUCAGCGCCGCAGAAUAUUGUGACACGACGCCGGGGGCGGCGACGACGUCGUUCCCUGGCAACGGUAGCUCACGACCAAUCACAGGCAGGACAACAGCGUCCGACCAAUAGGAAGAGACGUGGCGUGGAGAAGGCGGGCCUUUGGCGUGAUUGACGUGACGCCGGCCAAUGGAGGGGCAGGAGACAGCUUGACGUCCAAUAGGAGAGGCCCUAUCGCUUACACCUGUCUGGCAGAAUGCGGGAGAUCGUGCAUAUUCAGGCCGGCCAGUGCGGUAACCAGAUCGGGGGCAAGUUCUGGGAAGUCAUCAGUGAUGAGCAUGGUAUUGAUCCCACAGGAACAUACCAUGGAGAGAGUGAUCUGCAGCUCGAGAGAAUUAAUGUCUAUUACAAUGAGGCCACAGGUGGUAAAUAUGUGCCUCGCGCUAUACUGGUGGACCUGGAACCUAGUACUAUGGACUCUGUUCGUUCUGGACCUUUUGGGCAGAUUUACAGACCUGAUAACUUUGUGUUUGGACGCAGUGGUGCCUCUAACAACUGGGCCAAAGGUCACUACACUGAAGGUGCUGAACUGGCCGACUCGAUUAUGGAUGUGGUGAGGAAGGAGGCCGAGGGGUGUGACUGUCUCCAGGGAUUUCAACUCACUCAUUCACUGGGUGGUGGUAGUGGUGCUGGCAUGGGCACUCUCAUCCUUAACAAGAUUCGUGAAGAAUACCCUGACAGAAUGAUGCUCUCUUUCAGCAUUAUUCCAUCACCCAAAGUAUCAGAUGUUGUAGUAGAACCGUACAAUGCCACCCUGUCAAUUCACCAGCUCAUUGAGAAUACAGAUGAGACAUUUUGCAUUGAUAAUGAAGCUCUCCACGAUAUUUGUUUCCGAACUCUCAAACUUACCAGCCCCACGUAUGGUGACAUGAACCAUUUGAUAUCUGCCACGAUGAGUGGUGUAACCACCUGCCUUCGCUUCCCUGGCCAGCUCAACGCUGACCUCCGUAAACUAGCAGUGAACAUGGUCCCCUUCCCUCGCCUGCACUUUUUUGUGCCUGGCUUUGCUCCUCUGACCAGCCGUGGUAGCCAGCAGUACCGCGCCAUCACCGUGCCUGAGCUCACCAAGCAGAUGUUCGAUGCCAAAAACAUGAUGGCGGCCUGCGACCCUCGGCACGGCCGCUACCUGACCGUUGCCGCUAUUUUCCGGGGCCGUAUGUCCAUGAAAGAAGUUGAUGAACAAAUGCUGAACGUGCAGAAUAAAAACAGCCCGUACUUUGUGGAGUGGAUCCCGAACAACGUCAAGACGGCUGUGUGCGAUAUCCCACCCCGAGGACUCAGGAUGGCCUCCACUUUCAUCGGCAACACGACAGCCAUCCAGGAGCUGUUCAAACGCAUUGGUGAGCAGUUCUCCGCCAUGUUUCGCAGGAAAGCCUUCUUGCACUGGUACACCGGCGAGGGCAUGGACGAGGCUGAGUUCACCGAUGCCGAGGCUGACAUGCUUGACCUGAUAGCUGAGUAUCAGUAUUACCAGGAAGUUAAAGUUCAUGAACAACCCGAGUAUUAUGUCGAUGAAGACGAAGAGGAGGAGCCCUGAAUACAGCUAACGUGAGAUUACAACUUGUAAGAGGGAGGCGCCGUCUUUCUUCUACACUAUCCAAGUCUCAUUUCAAUACUGAUUGAAAUGCAAUUAAAGAUGCCUGACAGCUCUCAGAGUAUUGACUUGUUAAGAUUAGAAUUAACAUGUGCUUUUUAACAUUAACUGUAUAGGCAGGAGAAAAACCACAGCACAUUUUGGGUUCUUAUCCCACACAACUCUAACAGUACAUUUCUACAAGCCCUGAAACGUGAUGCCUGCAUUGGUGAAGAAGGUGAGUACUUCCCAUUGUUAUACGAGAUUUUUCUCACAACUGAAAACUUUUAUAUUAUGUCGUAAAAUGUUUACAUGAGCUAAGGAACAGGGAACUUGUAUUUCUGCAGCAUCUGCCAUGAUAUCAGGGUGCUGAAAGUACUUCGCUGUUAAUGAACUACUUUUGGAAGUGCAGACAUUCUUAUAAUGUAAGAAACAGAAUCAUUAAUUACACACCAUAAUGUUCCAUAAAAAUGUACGUGUAACAUCCAGAUAAUCUGUUUCAGUGUAGGAAGGAACUGCAGAUGAUGGUCUAAAUCAAAAACAAUCUUUAGAAGUCUCGACCAUGUGGAGAGAAAAACAGGAUUAAGAUUUCAGGUCAAUGCCUUUUAUCAGAAUUGGAAAAUUAAGAAAAGAAGCAUGUUUAAAUUGCAGAGAGUGGGAGGGGUGGAGAAUACUAGGAAUAUCAGUGAGGGAGUGCAAACCUGGGUUGUGCAGAUGACAUGUUUGCUUUCAAUGCCAUCUGAGAGAGGAGAAUGAAUGAUGCUUAAUUGUAGUCCAUCUGUACGGAGAUGUGUAACCUGAACAAAAUGAAUUGGGGUCAUUGGAGACAAAAAUAAAACAAUGAUCCUAAUAUGCAGAACACUGAAAUUAGAGGCAAAUGCCAAGAGUUUUAUUGUCAAAGAUAGACACAAAAAACUGGAGUAACUCAGUGGGACAGGCGGCAUCUCAGGAGAGAAGGAAUGGGUGACAUUUUGGGUCGAGACCCUUCUUGUCAUAUGUCCCAAAAGGAAUAAUGAUAUUGUUACUUGCAGCAGCACAAGAAAAAUAUGUAAA